AAGCUUUCAUAAAUAACUGUGAACGUCGUGGUUUUUAGGGAAGUAUUUGCUGCUUUCAUACCUGGAUUUUUCACAUCAUAUAAUUAUGAGUCACAGUAUGACUGAUGGUACUGAGGAUCCCGUUUAGGGUCAGAUUUUUUGUGGUUGCUUUGGUUAGAUUCUUCCUUAAGGUAUUGAAGCCGUUAAGAGAGUAUCCAGCUUCAAUCAAACAUGCAGCGACUAUAAAAUAUGGCAGUUUGAAGCAGACAGCCUCUCAGCAUGACCAUCCAACGUUCCCCGCAAUAACUCAAAAAUGAAAUAAAAGAAACUGUAAUUAUCAGCGAGUUUUAGAAGAAAUGCUGACAAAAAUAUAAAAUCCUCACACAGUAUAAUGUAUUUGAAACAUUCUGCAAAGUAAAGAACUGUGAUUAGAGACGCUAUUGCUAUAAAUUCUCCCUUUUUUGUUCCUAUGGUGGAGGCUUCUUGAAUUCCAUCUUAGACCAAAACUAUUUAACAUUAAUAUUCAGCAUGCAGGACAACGCUCCAGCACUCUCUCAUUAAGUGCGUGUGUGUCCCAUCCCACUUCUCCACUACUGGCACGCUCAGAACCUGCAGUUCAGACUCAUCAGUGACAGAGCGGAGAACGCAGCUGCUCUGGGGGAGCUCAGAUCUCAAACUUCUUGAGCGAUCGUCUGAGAUCAGACACAUGAGAAGAAUAUUUUAGGAUGCUAUUCCACUCUAAUCCAAGGAGUAUUUUUUUCAUUGCAUCUGGGAUUAAAACAACCUAAAGUAAAGCUUCACUGCUCUCCAUCUCUUUAGCCUAAACCUCUUUUCACCCCUCAUUCCACAUGAUGGAUUUCUUGGGUUCUUUACCUCCUCCACCUCCUUACACCUUCACUGUAAUGCCCAAUCUUUCGGUUCCUUCCUCUCCUCCUUCCAUCUCUCCAUCCCCCAGCUUGGCCUCCACGGCUCUCUUCUGCUCUUUUCUCUCCCUUCUGUCCCUGCUGGGCAUCACAGGAAACCUUUACACUUUAGGCCUCCUGUUGAGGCGCAGCAGGAGGAGACGCGGAGGAGGCCCGGCCUGCUGCCUGAGAAGACUUCCCGUCCCAUCCUGCCUCGCCAACUCCACGUCCCCCACCUCCUCUCCGACCUCCUCUCCCUCCUCCUCUCUUCACCUCCAGGUGCUGAGCCUCGCCCUUGCGGAUUUGCUCUACCUUUUCACCGCGCCCUUCAUCGUGUACGACAGCCUGGCCUCUGGAUGGGCCUUCGGGGAACUUGGCUGCCGCCUCAUCCUGAGCCUGGACCUUCUCACCAUGCACGCCUCUAUAUUCACCCUCACCGCCAUGAGUCUGGAUCGGUACCGGGCUGUGGCGCAUCCUCUACAGACCUCCUCCUCCAGCUCCUCCAGUUUGCUGCGAGUGGGUCUAGCGUGGGGGCUGGCAGUGGCCCUUAGCAUGCCAAUGAUGAUCACCCUGCACUUAGAGGACGGGGAAAACCAUGAGGGCCAGCUCUGCGUCCCGGCCUGGGAUGAGCAGAGCUCCAAGGCCUACCUGAGUGUGCUGUUUUGCACCAGCAUUCUCGGCCCUGGCCUCGCCAUUGGAGCACUUUACGCCACUCUGGGCCGCCUUUACUGGGUGUCACAGACACGGCCGGCGUGGGCCAGCGGGAACAACACCGCUUGUCCUCCUCGAGCACCAAAACCUAAAGUCCUGCUCCUCAUCCUCGGCAUCGUCCUGGCCUUUUGGGCCUGCUUCCUCCCUUUCUGGAUUUGGCAACUGCUUCCCCUCUACAAGCCAGACAUGCUGCGGACAGUACCAGUGGGGACGCAGGUGACAGUCAAUCGCAUCCUAACAGGGCUGACCUACGGGAACUCCUGUGUGAACCCGUUCUUCUACACGCUGUUGACUGGAAAACGAAAACGUGCCCGACAAGUACUCACGUCGGCCAAUCAGCUCUGCCGCAAGAGCAGCCCACUGCAGUAGCUUCUCUGUACCAGAACAGACAAAAACACGAAUGAGCGUAUUCAAAACUGCUCGCACAUGUGAAAGUUACAGGAACCCACACCAAAGACCAGAGACUUAGCUUUUAGCCUGCAGGCUGUGUGAGUAUAAUCUUACAUGAUGAUAGCACUUUGUAAAAGGGAAUUAUCUCCUGUUAAGAGAUAAGAAUCAAACAUUUUAGUGAAUAUUUCUUUACAUAUGUUAGUUUCUGAAUGCUUUCUCAUUAAAACACAGAAAACCUUGAUUAAAAAAACAUAUAUUGU